AUGAGGAGGGACGAGCGAGACGCCAAAGCCAUGCGGUCCCCGCCGCCGCCGGACGGGGCCGCCUCGCCCCCCGAGAGUGUGAGGAACGGCUACGUGAAGGGCUGCGUGAGCCCCCUGCGGCAGGACCCUCCGCGGGGCUUCUUCUUCCACCUCUGCCGCUUCUGCAACGUGGAGCUGCUGCUGCCGCCGCCCGCCUCCCCUCAGCAGCCGCGGCGCGGCUCCCCCUUCUCCCGGGCGCGCCUCUCGCUGGGCGCCCUGGCCGCCUUUGUCCUCGCUCUGCUGCUCGGCUCCGGGCCCGAGGGCUGGGCUGCCGGGGCCGCCCGGUUGCGGACCCUGCUGAGCGUCUGCUCGCACAGCCUCAGCCCCCUCUUCAGCAUCGCCUGUGCCUUCUUCUUCCUCACCUGCUUCCUGACCCGGACCAAGCGGGGCGCCGGGCCGGGCCGGAGCGGCGGCUGCUCCUGGUGGCUGCUGGCACUCCCCGCCUGCUGUUACCUGGGGGACUUCUUGGUGGGGCAGUGGGAAUCCUGGUCUCGGGCGGACGGAGACGCCGGGGCCCCGGGCCCGCACACACCCCCGGCGGUGGCGGGCCGGUGGUUCUUGGUGCUGAGCUGCGUGGGCUUGCUGACGCUCGCGCAGCCGGGGAGGCUCCGGCACAGCAUCGUGGUGCUGCUCUUCUCCAGCUUCGUCUGGUGGGUGUCCUUCACCAGCCUCGGGGCGCUGCCUCCGGCCCUCCGGCCCCUGCUGUCCUGCCUGGUGGGGGGCGUCGGCUGCCUGCUGGCCCUGGGGCUGGGUCACUUCUUUCAAAUCAGGGAAGCUCCCCAGCAACCUCAGUUGUCCAGUACCGCGGAAGAAAAAGUGCCUGUGAUCAGACCCCGGAGGAGGUCCAGCUGCGUGUCAUUAGGAGAAACUUCAGGCAGUUACUAUGGCAGUUGCAAAAUGUUCAGGAGACCUUCGUUGCCUUGCAUCUCGAGAGAACAGAUGAUUCUUUGGGAUUGGGACUUAAAGCAGUGGUAUAAACCUCACUAUCAGAUUUCUGGAGGUGGAAGUGGAGUUGAUCUUUCAGUGCUCAAUGAGGCUCGCAAUAUGGUGUCAGAUCUUCUGGUUGACCCCACCCUUCCUCCACAAGUCAUUGCUUCCCUCCGGAGUAUCAGUAGCUUGAUGGGUGCUUUCUCAGGCUCCUGCAGGCCAAAGAUUAAUCCCCUCACACCAUUUCCUGGAUUUUAUCCCUGCUCUGAGAUAGAGGACCCAGCUGAGAAAGGAGAUCGAAAACUUCACAAGGGGCUAAACAGUAGGAAUAGUUUACCAACCCCACAUCUGAGGAGGAGCUCGGGAACCUCAGGUCUGCCACCUAUCGACCAGACUUCUCCAAGGUGGGAACGCAAUAAUGGCAAACGGCCUCACCAAGAAUUUGGCAUUUUAAGUCAAGGAUGCUAUCUAAAUGGGCCUUUUAGUUCAAAUCUACUGACAGUCCCGAAGCAAAGGUCGUCAUCUGUAUCGUUAACUCACCAUGUAGGUCUAAGAAGAGCUGGUGGUUUACCAAGCCUGAAUUCUCCCAGUCAUGGACCAGUGUCUGCUGGCUCUCCAACUAACCGAUCCCCUAUAGAAUUUCCUGAUACUGCUGAACUUCUUACUAAACCAACUGUCAUUUUACACAAAUCUCUGAGCAAUCCACCCAAUUCACCAGAUUUUUAUCAGCAACUAAGAAAUUCAGAUAGCAAUUUAUGUAACAGCUGUGGACAUCAAAUACUGAAAUAUGACUCAGCAUCUGAACCAGAGUCCGGUACAGACCGCCUCAAGGGAGAGUCAGGUGAUGAAGACAAUGCCACUUUCUCAAAAGCAUCAUUCAGCCUUACCGAAGCUCAACAAGAAGUGGAAACAGAAAACAGAGACUUCAGGAAAUUACUUUGGGAAGGUGAUAAUCACCUAAAAGAAGCAGCACAGAAAGAAGAGCAACCAAAUAUUGAACAAGAAGCAUCACAGGAUGUGAUUUUAAUAGAAGAUUAUGACUCAUUAAUAGAAAAUAUGAGUAACUGGAAUUUUCAAAUUUUUGAAUUUGUAGAAAAGAUGGGAGAGAAAUCAGGAAGGAUCCUCAGUCAGGUUGUGUAUACCCUAUUUCAAGACACUGGCUUAUUGGAGAUAUUUAAAAUUCCCACUGUACAAUUCAUGAACUACUUUCAUGCUUUAGAAAAUGGUUAUCGAGACAUUCCUUAUCACAAUCGUAUACAUGCCACAGACGUCCUACAUGCUGUUUGGUAUCUGACAACACGGCCCAUUCCCGGCCUACAGCAGAUCCACAGUGAUCAUGGAGCAGGAAAUGAAACAGCAAUUAACCCUGAGCGAAUUGCUUACAUUUCUUCGAGGAGCUGCUCGAUUCCAGAUGAGAGCUAUGGCUGCCUUUCUUCAAACAUUCCUGCGCUGGAAUUGAUGGCUCUGUAUGUGGCAGCUGCCAUGCAUGACUAUGACCACCCGGGACGGACAAAUGCAUUCCUAGUGGCUACCAAUGCCCCUCAGGCAGUCUUAUACAACGACAGAUCUGUUUUGGAAAAUCAUCAUGCUGCAUCAGCCUGGACUCUGUAUCUUUCUCGUCCAGAAUACAACUUCCUUCUUAAUCUUGACAGUGUGGAAUUCAAGCGCUUUCGUUUUUUAGUCAUAGAAGCAAUCCUCGCCACAGAUCUUAAAAAGCAUUUUGAUUUCCUUGCUGAAUUCAAUGCCAAGGCCAAUGACGUGAACAGUAAUGGCAUAGAGUGGAGGAGUGAGAACGAUCGCCUCCUGGUGUGCCAGGUAUGCCUCAAGCUGGCAGAUAUUAAUGGCCCAACCAAAGUUCGAGACUUGCAUUUGAAAUGGACAGAAGGCAUUGUCAAUGAAUUUUAUGAGCAGGGAGAUGAAGAAGCAAAUCUUGGUUUGCCCAUCAGUCCCUUCAUGGAUCGUUCUUCUCCUCAACUAGCAAAGCUCCAGGAAUCUUUUAUCACCCACAUAGUGGGUCCCCUGUGUAACUCCUAUGAUGCUGCUGGUCUGCUACCGGGUCAGUGGAUAGAAUCAGAAGAGGACGAUGAUACGGAAAUUUGUUAUGAGGAAGAAGAUGCUGAAGAAUUAGAUACAGAGGAUGAAGAAAUAGAGGACAAUCUAAAUCCUAAACCACAAAGACGGAAAGGCAGACGGCAAAUAUUUUGUCAGCUAAUGCACCAUCUUACUGAAAACCACAAGAUAUGGAAGGAAAUCAUAGAGGAAGAAGAGAAAUGUAAAGCUGAUGGGAAUAAACUGCAGGUGGAGAAUUCUUCCUUAUCUCAAGGAGAUGAGAUUCAGGUCAUUGAAGAAGCAGAUGAAGAGGAAGAGAGACAGUUGGAAUAA